UUUCACCUUUGUAAAUGAGGUUGCCAUUCUGCAGGGAUGUAUGACGGCCCUUUGGUGCGUAGCUCCAGCAUGCAGUCAAAGAAGCUUACAACUGAGCCUCCAUGUAUAACAGAAGAAGUGUUUGAAGACUACUUAGCCACAGAUGCUAUGCUUGUGGACUACUUUAAUGAAUUUUUGAGUCUCCCGACUUUUGCCCAGCCAGUUAAGUUUAACUCAGACUUCGGGGUUUUUGAAGUAGUUAAUGACAUCCCACAACGCAUGGAACAUCAGCUGAAAAAAAUUCUACACGAUCAGAAACCUCCAAAUCCCAUUUAUGAUGUUAUAAGAAAAGCAAAGAAUGAUGGGCAGCAUUCCAAAAAGAUCAGUGAUUCUUCAGCGCUCAGUAUUGAUCCAAAUUACAACACUAUGUGUCUUGAUCGAGAACAAGCAGUACAGUGGAUUAAGAAGGAAAGGCUUCCAGCAUUUCUAGAGAGCGACUGCUAUUUUGAGUACAGGCUAGCUAAAUUGAUAUCACAGGUAGAAUGGAGCCAGACUGGCAUUAAUUUCAUUAUAGAUAGCACCUACUACCCCUGGAUAAAGAAGGAAGAUGCAAGUACUCCCUUCCCUGAGGAGGAUGGCACUUUAUUCACUAUGGAGAGGUUCUAUGUAUCGCUUGGCCAGGCUACAGUUUCUCAAACAAUGGAUUGGUUUACAUUAGCAAAAGGAAGCGAAUCCAUGAAAACUACAGAUUCAUUUAUGCGCCCUGCAGCUUCUGUUCAAAUUCAAGAUAUUCAGCAUUUGCCUGGUCUGCCUGAAAAAAAAGGUUCAUUGAGUGAAAAAGCUAGCUACCUAGAAACAGGUUCCCUAUCUAAGGAAUAUGACCACUGCAGAUUUCAUUCCUCUUCAACGACAUCACCUACAGAAGACAGCAUUUUUAGGAAGAGAUCAAGAGAAUCGGAGGAGGGUUCUUUUAUGGCCAUUGCUGAACCUCCUUCCUACAUGCAGCUAAGAGUUUAUCCAGACCAGAAUUUGGAGAGCACAGCAGAAGGACAGAAAAAUGCAACUCUUCAGCAAGUGGAGGAAUUAAUAUCAUCAUAUACUCAAUCUGUAACAAAGGAAUCAAUUUCAGAACUCACACAGCGGCCACUUGGUGAGACUGAGAGUGAUGUGGAUUUCCCUAAGCAGCCUAAGAUGUUUAUACAUGAGUUAUCAAAUAAUGAAUUUGCCUGUGGUACUGAAGAGGCACUCUUAUCCCAAAGUUCUUCUCCAUUUGCUGUCGUGGACCCCAUGGGAGAUAUGAGGGAACGAGAUGCUGAAGAAGUGAGCUUAAGAUCAAGCUCUGAAAGCAAUGGGGCAGACAGUAGGGCUGCUUGGUGUAUUAACCACAGAACUUAUGACACUGGCAACAGAAAUGAGUUUGAAAGAUUCAAGAAAUUCAUUAAAGGAACACUUGGUGAGAAGUAUUGGUGGCUCUGGAUGGAUAUUGAAAGACUAAAGGUUCUUAAGGACACUACAAGGCAGCAAAGGCAACUUGAUAAAAUGAAAAAACUCUAUCUACUGAGCAGUGGAGACUAUUUCCUCACUUCUGAAGUGUUACUCAGACUUGAUUUACUGCAUGGAGAUAAGUGGAAUACAAGGCAUUUAAGACAGAUUCAGCCUGAAGUAGUGAAACCUCUUCUUCUUUACUGGGGUCCCAGAUUUUGUGUCACUCAUUCAACAGCGAUAGAAACUGCCAGUGCAAAGCUGAAGUACUGGCAUACAUGCCAAGAGAGACCAAGGGUGGACACUGAUCCUUUUCCACAGAUGGUAUCACUGCUGCCUUUGACAACUAAGUCUUGUAUGUCUAGGAUACCAGUUUCCCUUCCUCAGGUGGGUAAGACUAGCACAACAAUAGCUUUAUUGAAAUUAGAACUGGAUUUCUCUUUGAAGGGUUCAUCAAGAUUAUCAUCUGCCUUGUCAUCAAGACAAAGCUCCCAAAGGAAUGACUUUGUCAGCAGUAGAAAUUGGCCAGAGUCAGUGAGCAGGGACACGAUCCAUUGCUUGGCUUUGGAUGAAACUGCAGAAACGAAACACUUGGCUCAUAGAAGGUACACCUAUGCUGAGUUGCUCCCCGGAAAAAGUGCUGCUGGCAGUGUUAUCUUAAGGGGAUCAAGAAUGGAAAACAUGCUGCAGUCUCUUUAUCUAGAGAACAGAGCAGGUUACUACUUCACACACUUCUGUGAGAAGUCAGGGAAUAAGUUGUGGAAGAACAGUGCGUACUUUUGGUCUGACCUACAGGCUUAUCAUCAGCUUUUCUACCAAGAAACUCUUCAUCCCUUUAAAAUAUGCAGGCAAGCUCAAUUCCUUUAUGCAACAUACAUUGCCCCAUCUGCCAGUAUGGACAUCGGCCUUCAUCAGAGUAAGAAAAACAUGAUUUAUCAGAAAAUGGACCCAGCUUUUGAGGAUCUUUUUGACUCAGCAGAAGAACAUAUCCUCCUCCUUCUACUAGAACCAUGGAUGAAGAUGGUGGAAGCAGACAAGUACACUUAUGGAAAGGUGGAGUUGGUGGAAGAAACUCGACAGCUGGACUCUGUGUACUUUAGAAAACUCCAGGCUUUGCAUCAAGAAAGUGCUUCCAAGAAGAAUGAGAGUACUGUUGCUGACACUGAUCUGCCAUCCUUCCCUGACAUUCUCAAAGAAGCUCAGCACUUGCAUCAAGCUUCCAAAAAACUGACAGGCUCCAAUUUGUAUGACCUGAUCCACAACAAACCAAAGUUAGAACAGUUCUGGGUUUUUCUUAAAGAGCAUUCUGCUGGAAUGGAUCUCAUGUGCUGGUUAGAUAUUGAACAGUUCAGAAAGAUGCUCCACAAGGAUAAAGAAAAAAGGGAGGAAAAAUCCAAGGAAAUAAAAAACAAGUAUCUGAACAAAAAAUACUUCUUUGGACCCAACAGCCCAGCUACCAGAGAGCAACAAGAACAGCUAAUGCAUUCAGGUGGAGGAUGGGGACAAAUCCUUCAUGAUCGGCUUCCUCCAGCGGUUCUGCUUGAAAUUCAGCACUGGGUCCAGAAGAGAUUAGAAGAGCAAUGGCUGCCAUUGUUCCUGGCAGAUGAACAACAAGGGGCAGAAGGACAAACAAAGGUAAGGGACAAAACUGAAGAUCUCCUAAGACAGAAACAGAAGACAACUAGGACGUGGAAGCAUGUGGACAACAAGAGGGUUUCUUCAUCCAGUGAAAUAAUUGCUUUCCGCAAAGCGCUGUUGGAUCCAGUGACAGCAAAUCAGUUUCAACGCUUUGUGUCACUGAAAGGAGACCUACUGGAGAAUGGAGUGCUCUUUUGGCAAGAGGUACAGAAGUAUAAGGAUUUGUGCCAUUCUCACUGUGACAAUGCCACAGUCCAGAAUAAGAUCACAACUAUUAUUGAUCGCUUUAUCAAUUCCACCGUACCCCCAGCUUUGCAGAUUGACAUCCCAACUGAACAAGCACAGAAGAUUUUGGAGCACAGGAAAGAACUAGGACCUUACAUUUUUAGAGAGGCGCAGAUGACAAUUUUUGCUCUGCUGUUCAAAUUUUGGCCAAAAUUUUGUGAGUUUCGAAGCCGUUUGCCUAGUGACAAAAUUUUACGUGCCUUGGAGAGAAAAAAAGGAAAACGGAUGCAGACAAAAGAAGGGAAAAUAUCAGAGGAAAGUCUCACGAAGUUUCAGGGUAAAGAAGUGGCAAGCAGUGCUCUGGAAUAUCAGGCUGAUGUGGAGAGAAGAAGAACAUCAUUUUCAGAUGGAUAUGGAUAUGAGUGGCAGGCUUCCUGGUCCUAUUCCAAGUACAUAGAAGCUUUGGAGCAAGAGAGAGUACUGCUUAAAAUGCAAGAAGAUCUGGAGAAAAAUUCAUCAUUAUUUACAGGUACCUCGUCUAUGUCCUUCCCAAAGCCUGAAAGCUCUGGAAAUUCCACAGUUUCUCCAAAGAAUAGUGUGACUUUGAAGAAACACUCAGAUCUUCCCCAAAAAACAGAAAACAGAUUAAAAUCCCGCUGAGGAAGAAAAUGCAGAGAUACUCACUGCAGGAGUGCAAAAUGCAAAACUAUACGUGUGCAAGGUUUGUACUUCUGGAGCAAAACCAGCAACUUGGAUUAUUAUUAAGAACCAUGAGGGUAGUCAGGGGCAGAAAAGAAGCAUCUUCCACUCUAUUCCUCUUCAACAUAACUGUGGUACUGACUCUUGUGUCAUUUAUUUGCUUAACAGUACACCUUGAGGCUCAAAUCAAUAAGAUUCCAUGAAGUAUGCGCAGUAAAAACAAUGAUGGUACUAAAGAUCUUGAAAGCAAGCCAAGUUUUUCAGUGCCUAAUCUAAUGAAAAAAUAAAACGCUGCAUUAAUUGACAGCUGUGAAGCAGUGUCUCAGCACGCUAUUGUCUCAGUACUGUGAUUCAUACAACUUAUGUUCAUCAAAAAUAAUCCAUCAGGCGUCUGAACCAUCCUCAAAUCAAACCCUAUUGUAAUUUGCUUGCAGUCCAGCCUGAUUUCCCAUCCAAAGUAUACUUCAGCCUCAUUUCAGACUCCUCAUCCACAUGAAAGUCUUAAAGCACAUCAGGACACUGAUCUGACUGGUAACUUUUAUAAACUGUCAUUCCUCCCAUGGUGUUAUACACUGGAAGAUUUCAGGAAAUCAUAGCUCUUCACUAGUUCUCCCUUAUUUUUCUUUUAAAUCUUUAAGAGCUAUAAAAACACUGGGGAAGAGUUUAUGUUGGGGAGUUAGAGAAGGGGAGAGGCAAAAUUCACCGCUAGGCAGGGACAGGACUGUUCAGACCAUUUUAAACAUCAUUCAACAGUCACAAAGCCAUUCGCUUUAGUCUUCUCUACAUGCGUCUAAUGCGUGUAAGAAAAAGAUAGAUCAGUGAGCUCCAGCUUGCUGAGUUGCCAUCAACUUAUCCUUUGGUUAGGGAUGGGAUUGUCUUCUGCUCCCAUUCCCAGCCUCUUGGACAAGUAGAAGGAAUCUCUAUGAGUUGUCAGAAAUCAAGGGCCUUCACUUGGAGCUCUUAGAUCAUCCUGCUAAGGGCAACUUAUGAGUGCUUUCCUCUUCAGCGUGGAGUGACAGCUUAAGUCCACUGAUAGUCUUUUUCAUUCUUCAAGCACAAUGGUCUGGUAUUGUAUGGGAUUGUCAUCAGAAGUUUCUUUAGAGAGGCUGGCAGGGAAGGACCAUGUGCACUUUCAUGGCUGUAGCUCCCCUGCCCACACAGCCUCGAAGAAGGAAUAAGGGAUGUCGUCAAUUCAGUUCUUACUUCCCCACAGUUCAGAAACUGCUUGCUUCAUGCUUAUCCGUGUUCCUUCUGUGUUUGUGUUGUUUGCUCAUGUGAUAUCACCUGAGAAAGAUUCAUUGGGUGGAAGCUACAAGAAGGGAGUAAAAUGUAAAAUUCCUAUUCCUGCUUUUCAAAUUAUCCCAAAUUUCACAGAUGCACUGAACUUUAACGCUCAGUGCAUCUGAGGAGAGUGGAAUGCGGCAUCUUGCAGUGAGCAGAGCACAUGUGGUGCUGUGUGGGCUACCACUCAUUAAUGUGAAAGGCAAAGAAUCAUCAUGAAAUGCCACAAAUGCAGUGAUGUAUGUCAGUCAGAAAAACAUGUGAAUGGCCACCUUCUGCUGCUGUGGUCAGUCGAGUGCAUGCAAUCAAAUGCUGGAGCAUGGCAGUCAGUUUCUGUUUUGUUCUAACCUUGCCUUCAUGGCAUUUUGACACAUUAAAUAACAUGUAAAAAAUGCUGGUAGAUUUUACUUGAAUCAUGCUUAUAAAAUUAAAACUAUCAUCCAGAUAAUUGUUAAUGAAAAUUUACCAGACCCCCCUGCACAAACUGUUGUCUUAGUCAGUUACUAUGCUUUGUUCCAUGCACAUCUAUCACUUAAAAACAAACAUAAUCAAAAACACACUGUGUUUUUCAUGUACUUCAUGUACUUCAGUGAGUGAGCAGAAUUUCAAAGUUCUGCAAGUAAAUGAUAGCCCUCAAUCCAGUUUGCAGAUGUCUCCAUGUUAACUGAAAUAAAUAUGCACACGUACAUGUGCGUAUACAUUUAUAGACCAUGGAUGAUCACAUCUGUUAGUAAUGCUAGAAAUGUGUGUCAUAUAAUGAUGCUCAUUUAUAUUUAAAGAAAAAAUAGAGUCACUGAGCAGGGAAAUACUAGGAGGAGGACUCUUUCUUUUCUGCAUUACUGAAUCAUAAUCUCAUGCAAAUCUGAUCUCAUGCAAAGUUGGAUACCCCAUUAUUGUUCUUAGUGAUACAUCUGAAACAGAAUGGUGCUUUUAGUAUCUUUGCUGGGAGUCAAACAAUGAGUGCCACCACUUGCAGCAGAGAGCCUGGGAACUGCCCAGGUAUAGGGACAAACUAAAUGGCUUUGAUCUAAAGAAUCACUCCACGUUGCAUCAGAAAGCUUGCUUAUACAGCUAUUGCCUUUUGGUCUCAUUCUUGAGAUACACUCCCUGUCAGGCUGCUGAUCCACCAGCAAAGUGAGAUCAGCAGUUUUAAAGGUCUAGAAAAGCUUCACUUGGUAAAUCUAGCACCUCUCCCUCUAAAACAUAAAAAUGUAUUCCUUACAUUUAGUUUAACUAUGUAUACUACGGAAUUUUAGAAAUCUACAGCACUGUAGAGAACAGUUCUGCUCAGAACAGACAAUAAAGCAGCUAUAUUUUUAGAAACCUGCAAAUGUAGAAAUUUUUCUGGAUGAUUUUGGUUUUAUGCUUUAGUGGAGUUCAAAAUACAGAACCUAAUAAAAUACAGAGUCUAAUCAGACUUUUGUUGUUUACUCCCAAGAAAUGCAGCAUAUUGGAACUAUUUUGCAAUUUUUUAGGCCAUCAUUUGGAUUCAUAAAUAUUUACAUUUAGAUGCUAUUACUGUGUAUUUCACUUCUCUCUCAUCAAACCUGGCAUGUUUAUUAAAAUAUUUUACAGUCUUUGCAUGCCAGACACAGCUUAGCAUAAAUGGUGCAGUCUUGAAACUGAUCACUGAAAUACUUCUGGUAUCAGUGUAAGUUGUGACUACCCGCUUAAGGGCCUCGAUACAUUUUGCUUUGACUUCUGUCCUGCUACAGCAUGGCACAAAGCAUCAGACUGUGAGAUGAAUUCCUGAAGACAAACAGUGCUGGAUGCUGUUAUUGACAUGCAUACUUACCGUAGCUUUCCAGUGUGGUGGCAGUGGUGGUCACCAGAGCAUUUAGAAAGGAGCAGAAUGCUUUCUCAUUUGUGUCUGUACUAUGCUGCUGUGCCAGUGCCUCCAUAGCCCUCAUCAUCUUUUCUUCUUCGUGACUGGUUCUUAGGGAACUGUCAAUGGGACCAGUCUUAGACACUGAGCUCUGUUUGUGCCUUUGGUCUCAUACAGUAUUACAGACCUGGGGACAUUUUUUAUCUGUUUUCUAUCACUUGUACACUGUGAGAUGUCCAGCCUCAGCCUUCUACUACUCUAGUUAAACCUUGAGCUUUUUUUUAUGUGUGUGUAUAUAAAAAUGAUUGAAAAUAGAUCAGGUGCAUCAAAAUUCUGUCUCAAAUUUAGAAAAUAUAAUCUUUGUUAUUUAUGUUUCUAAUGUUAAAUACUAGGCCCAGCUGAUCACUGUGCACAGUGCUAACAUAGCUGCAGCAGUCUGUCUUGAAUUUGACCUCUUCAAACUGACCCAUUACAUUCAACUGAUGAUUUUUGCUUCUGCCUUUUUAUAGAAAUGCUUUUAGUCAGUCAUUGUGAAUCACACCUGAAUACAGCUAAGGUGGGGCUGUAUGUGUCUUUUCUAAGCUUAUAGAACAUUGUUGGUUUCAAUACAUUCAAGAGUAGUUCUAAAAAUGUUAGGGAAGGACAGGUUUGAACAAAAGUUUGAACAAAAAAUUUAGAUCUGGAUCUGUGCUCACAGUUCAAGCCUACCUUUAAUGGUCUGAUUUAGAACAUUCCCAGGAUUUCAGAGAGUUAUAAUUCACAUCUGUGUUUCUAAGUCCUUCAUGCAUGAUUGCUUGAAUGUGUGCUUUUGGAACAGAUCCAUGUCUAAUAGGCUAAAUUGUAGUUCCCAAUUCAGAAGCCACAUGGUAUUGCUAUAUAGUUUUUUUUUUAUUAUUAUUUUUCCUUCUAUUAUGUGGCCUUCAAACAAGGUUCUGUCAGUCCUGCAUGCUGGAUUAAGAGAAAACACCGAAAUCUACACUUUCUGUCUACCUUCUAAUGAACCCAUACAUUUUAUUUCUACUGGUGAUUUAAUAAAGCAUUUACACAAUGGCCACAAUGGAUACUUCUCCGCCAAGCAAUGAUUUCUCAGAGUGUAAGGGCAGAUUGGAAUUAUGCAGGACCCAUUAAGCUGUCAUAAUAUGUUAAAUGCAAUCAAGGAAAUUGAUGAGAUUCUCUCAUUUUUAAUAUUCAUUUAGCCAAGCUGACUUCUAUCUCAAGCGCAGGCUGCAUUUACUUGGAUUUUCCUCUAUUUCUCUAACUAAAUUAAUAUAUUUAAGUUUCAUAGUAACAUAUGUGAAAGUGUUGACAACAACACUGCUUAUUCCACAUGUUAAUUAUUUGUAUGUUAAGUAUUUGUUCAGUAUGCUGAUGAACUAUGUGUACUUCUCAUGUUAGCUUUUCAUUUCAAGUCAAAAGCAAAUGUAGUAAGUGGAUUUGUGCUUUUAAUUUGAGAUAUUUCUUUUUCCUUUAAAAUGAUCUUGUACACGAUUCCUCUGGACCAUAUGCGUUUGAAAAACUUCUGUUGGCAAGAAGUUUAAAAAGAAAGUAACGCUCUCUUCUCAGAAAAGGGAUUUUAACAAAGCAAACCAAUUGUGCCGCUAAUGAGAAAGUUAAAUGAAACAAAUGACAAGGCAAGAAAAAAAACACAGCAUCACACUCAAGGAAUGUGCAGGCACACAAUAGCUUGUGCAAUAUUCCUCAUCUGUCAAAGCCAGCAAAUAUGGAGAUGUCACUGGGAAUGUUCAUUAAAAUAGUCUGUGGUGCCCGUGGCUCAGUAAAUGCAACCAACCAGCUUUUAGCAUACUUUGUAUUUUUCACCUGUAGGCAAGCAAUCCGAUUUCACCCCAGCUGUAACCCAAGUGAUCGGUGUUGGUUUUGUAAGCCCUUAGCCCUGACUGGUUUGAGCAGCACUCAUCCCUGACAAAGCUAUUUUGGGAAUAAUAUCUGUCACAUCUCUAUAGUAAUGUACACCUUAACCAUUUUGGAAACGUGUUUAUGUGUGUAGGUAUGUAUAUGUAUCUAAAAAAAUCUCCACUGAUUCAUGUGUUUGUAUGCAUAUAUUUACACUAGAUACAUAUGUGCAUAAAUUACCACACUUCAGUAAAUUAUUUUACUGUCAUAAUGACAUGGGACUGAAGCUUGAUGUACAUCAUUUUUUUCCUAAUAA